CAUCGACCUUGCUGGAGCCGGUGGCGGUGGGAGGGGGGUUGGUGGCCAUUUCGCUGGUAUGGAUGAGAAGCGAAGGAAGUGGAGUGGAGAGGUUUGGUGGUUGAAGCUGGACAGACGGAGAUUACGAGCCCGCGAUAGUUGAUGAGAAGUUUUGUGCUUGGCGCUGGACCCGUUCUUUCCCGACUCCAAUCCGGAUACCCGCCCUGUCGCAAAUCCUCCAUUCACGUCACCGCGAUUUGUGCGUGCCCAUCGGCUUUCGUAAAUCCCGCACCCGAAUUCCUUUACCCAUAUUCUUUUUGGGAGCCCACGAAGUGGCACGUUAUUCUAACAUCACCCGGGCGAGGCGGCUGACGCUCAGGGGCUCAUAGAAAGACAGGACUUCGCAUUUUCGAAUCCAUCGGGAUC